GCAGUUCACGCGAAAAACAUAUGCAAGCGAGCACCCUUAAUGUUUUUUUAAUUAUUAAAUAAAUCCGUAAAGUGGCAAUAAUAUGAAUGUGAGCAAUCGCACCUUGCGUGGUGUCCGCCAGUGCACCAGCUGUGGAGCCAUCAAUGGCAAUCGCGCCAAGCUCUGCAGCAACGCCGCCUGUCCACAGAACAAGAAUGUGCUCGAUGCGGUUUCUCUGGUGACGCUGCACGCCGGCUCAACGGUCUGUUCGUUGCGCGCCAAGCUGCGAGAGACGCCUAGAAAUUUCGUGGUCAUCCAGGAUGUGACACUAUCGCUGCAGCCGAAUGCGGCUGUGGUAUCCAGCAAGGCCAUCUGCCAUGUGGACGCCUGCAGGAACGACGCCGGCGACAUCGAUUGCCAGCAUGUGAAGGCGUGCCGAGAGCUCGGCUCGGCUAUGCCCAUGGCUCAGGUGUACAAGGUGUCGCGGGAGGUGCUAUGGAAUCUGAAUAUCGGGCAGGAGCAGAAGCAACAGCUCUGGCAGCAGUACAAGUGGGCCGAGGACCAGGAACAGCUGCCGGCCGUGCAGCGUCUCAAUGCCACAACCUUUGCGGUAAAGUGCGAGCGCUCGGAUUCGUUUCCGACUGCCAGGCUGCAUGUGACGGCCCUGGCCAAUGGCGUGUCGCCCAAGAAGGGCACCUAUGCCUGUGCCUGCCGCAAGCUGAAGAUAAUUGUGGAGCCAGACAACUCGCUGGUCAUGCAGGACGAGAUCUGCGAUCACCUGCUGCUGGUUCUGGCUGGCAUACUCAGCUCGCCGCAGGGCAAACGCGUCUAUGGCAACUUUACCAACAGCCUAAAGAACUUUUGGAUGCCAUCCAGGCUGGAGACGCCGCUGGGCGAGGGCACGCAGGAGGAUUUACGACUCAGCCUGAGCAUGGUCGAUGAGUUUGAUCCACAGGUGGAUAUACUUGUUUUUGGCGAUCAUCUUGAUCUGCCCCUGCCAGACCUGUCCGAUGGUGCCUUCAACCUGGACAGCAUGCAGGCGGCCACAAGCAACCCCAGCAGCAGCAACAGCAGCAGCGCCCUGAUCCACUAUGCCAACGAUUCGCAGCUCCUGUCCAACUGCGAUGUGUUCGCCGAGCCAGAGGAGCAGCACAUCGAGCUGACGGACUGCAAUAUCGAGCUGAUGGAUCAGUAUCAGCCCACGGAUCAGAUUGAUCUCGACAUCGAGCUGCCCAUGAUCAGCGAGCCCUACAACAUACUCACCGCCCCGCCCAUUUAUUCGGAGGCAAUGCCAACCGCUGUCACCGAACAAUUGCCGCCGAUUGAGCUGCUGCCCGCGUUAGCGGUGGUCAAGAAGACCCCCAUCAAGGCAACGGAAAUCGUGGGCGAGGUUAAAACUCGCAAGCAGCCUCCUCUGCCUGCCAAACGUGAUUUGAUCGUCAAUGGGCCGUCAUCGCCGGCCAACGACAGUUUGUGUGUGGACGCGAAUGUGCAGCCUGCGCUGGCCUACUCCGCUUGGCUGGACCAUGUGAUAGAGCUACUCAAUGAUUGCCUGGAGCCAGUAUGCACACCCGAGCCAGGGCUCUCGACACGCUCCAUCCACCAGAGCUUUCAUGUGCACAAGGAGACCUUUUCGCACUUUUGCAAAAGCUUCAGUGCUGGCAUAAAGCGGCGUCCCCUCCACGAAGUCUCGCUGAUUGAGUCCGGAAAAUACAAGGGCUUGACCAAAUACAUAUGGCAUUUCACAGCUGGUCACACGGUUACGCGCAUCUUUAGCACCUCCAAUAUACAACUGCAGCUGACGCGCUCCUUUGAGCGUCAUGCGGAUGGUCAUUUUGUGCCCUAUGUGCGGCUACCUUUCAAGCAACAUGUCCAGGCACAGCCCAAAAAACGUCCCAUUUAUACCAGAAUGAGUCUGUGGAUGGCUAGAAUUGUGUGGGAAAGCGGCAUUGUGUUGUCCUGGACCCCGGAUGUGUUGCCGCGCAGCCACCACGGCCUCAUGACUGUGGAACUAACGGUGGAAACACGUUCACCCAGCUAAUAUGAAGCAUUUGUUACCAUUGCCGUUGUCAGUAUGAGAAUUUACAAGCCUUUCUAACGUAUAUAUUUCGUGUGUACCUUAAUCUAAGUCGGUUUAGUGCCUAAGAAACAGAAUCUCACAAAAAUUGGUCAUUAUUUGGUGAAUAUGUAGAGCGAUCUAUAUACGGUGUCAGGGUGACAAAUGAUUGGGUUUAGCACUGAUCUCGCUUCGAUAAGAUCCAGUUUGAAAAGUAGAAAAGUUGUAGGUGUCCCUCCCUUUCCAACCUCUUUGGCCACAUUCCAAAAAUCCUUACUCCUCAAGUAGUCUAACUACAUACGAUAGGGGCGGGGCGUGGCGGGUCGGACACAUGGGUAAUUCUAGAGGGAAAACUGAAAUACGAUUGACAUUCAUUCAUUUACAUAAUCAGUAUACAUGCUUAUUCAAGUUAAAGUGUACAAAAAACCAGUCUUUAAAACAUUUUUAUCCUUUCUCUUCCUUUCUUUUUUUUGUUUUUUUUUUUUGUGAUCAAUAUUUUACACUAAAAUGUAAAAAUAUAUCCUAAUUUUCUUUGCUCUCUACUUGCUGUGUAGGUUGGUGUGUGUGUGUUUAGUGAUGGAGCAACUAAAGAACUCUGCUAUUCAUUAGAUCAGAUAAUUUUCGGACUGCUCAGCUGCACAUCACACACACACACACACACACCACAGCAUAGCUAUGGCAAUUCAGAGUGCAAAAAGUAAAGAUAAGAUUUCAUUUAUCCGUAUCGUAUCCGAGGCUAUCAUUUAAGAACUGUACACAUUAAUAUUACGCUGUGAGCCAACACUGGGUUUGGGCCUGUUCAAUAUGGUUACUCCCUGUGCAUUAAAUGAAGAUUGAAACAAUAUUUGCUUAUGCAUUUUUCAUUCAAUUGUGGCAUUUGUUUUGUUCACAUAAAUCGUAUAUAUU